AUGGCGACAGAUCAGCAACGAGAUGUCUCCCAAUACAAGUACUCGGCGAUGUCAAAUCUGGUUCUCCAGGCUGAUCGUCGGUUUGUCACUCGAAGAAAUGACGAAGUUACGGGAGAUCCCGAGUCACUAGCCGGAAGAUUGAGUAUUAAGGAUAUGGGUUCACGAAAUGCACGAAAUGAUGCACCAAAGCAGAAGAAGAAGGCAAUAGGGCUUCUUGAUAUCGAGAGAGGAGCCUUACAGGAGGGGCAGGAUGUACUCGAGCGUGAGCAGCGCAAAAGAAAACGUGGAGAGCCUGCCCAACUUCGUGGAACCGGAAUAUUAUCUGCUGCAGACGCAUUAAUAGAAGGAAUAAUUUAUCGUCCAAGAACUUCUGCAACUAGAGCCACAUAUGAUCUAAUUCUUACCACAGUCGCGGCAAACCUCGGGGAUGUAUCUCACGAAAUUACUCGCAGCGCCGCCGAUGCAGUACUUGAGUACUUAAAGGAUGAUGAUAUGAAGGAUUUUGAUAAAAAGAAGGAAAUAGAUGAGCUCUUAGGAACUACGCUUACUCCCAAGCAAUUCAACGAACUUGUGAACCUCGGAAAAAAAAUUACCGACUACGAUGCGCAAGAUGAAGAUGAAGUGAUGAAAGAUGGAGAAGUAGCAGGGGAAAAUGGCGCAGAAAUAGAUGACAAGCAAGGUGUGGCCGUAGUUUUUGAUGAUAAUUCGAACGACGAAGAUGAUGAGGAGAUGGUCAACGAAAUUCGUGAGGAAUUUUCAGACGAUGAAGAUGAGGGCGGCGAAGGCCGUGAUAUAGAUCAAGUUGAAAAUCCUAGUGACCAAUCCGAAGUUAAAACAUCUAGCGAUCAAGAAUUAUUUGAGACAGGAGCAAUUAUAAUCGAUUCAGGUACCGCUAAUGGCGAUUCAUCAAAGAAUGAAGUCAAAAGUCAUAUUUCAGCGCGUGAUAUUGAUGCUUAUUGGCUUCAGCGUCAGAUCGGGCUCAUAUAUACAGAUGCUCAUAUUCAACAGGUCAAAACACAACAGGCUCUUCACAUUCUUUCCGGGUUAUUAGACGAAGAAGGUGCAGAAGAAAGGCCUCUUAGAGAAAUCGAAAAUGACCUUGCAGAACUAUUUGACUACGAGAAUCACGAUCUUGUCCACAAGCUUAUAUCAAACAGGGAUAAAAUAUUCUGGCUUACACGACUAGCCCGAGCUGAAGAUUCCGAAGCUCGGGGCGUUGUCGAACGGGAAAUUGCCUGCGAAGGCCUAGGAUGGAUUCUGGAUGAGCUUCGGGGAAUUACCCAUGGAGAUAGCUCAAAAAAGCGAAAAAUGGAGAUAAAAAUGGAUUUAACUAUUCCAAGCUCCUUCAUGAAAGCUUCAUCUGAGACUGAACAACCCAGCGGACCCAGUCUUGUUGGAGGCUUACAGCCACGUAAAAUAAUUAAUCUAGAAAAUUUAGUAUUCGACCAGGGAAAUCAUCUUAUGACCAACGCUAAAGUCAAGCUUCCAGAGGGCUCAACGAAGAAAACCUACAAAGGAUAUGAAGAGAUUCAUGUACCACCCCCAAAGAAGCGAAAUGAGCCCGGUGAACGCGAUAUUCCUAUAACUGAAAUUCCAGAAUGGGCUCGAGUUCCAUUUAGCUCUGCCACUAAGCUGAACAAGAUUCAAUCUAAGUGCUUUCCCCAGGCCUUCAAGGACGACGGUAAUCUAUUAAUAUGUGCUCCUACGGGAAGUGGUAAGACUAAUGUGGGAAUGUUAACAAUUCUUCGGGAGAUCGGUAAGCACCGUGAUCCGGAAACCCAGAUAAUUAAUCUAGAUGCCUUCAAGAUUGUCUACAUUGCUCCAUUAAAGGCCCUGGUACAGGAACAAGUUGGUAAUUUUGGUAAUAGACUCAAGCCAUAUGGAAUACAGGUGUCAGAGCUUACUGGAGAUCGCCAAUUGACCAAGCAGCAGAUUGCCGAUACGCAAAUAAUUGUAACAACCCCCGAAAAAUGGGAUGUCAUUACCAGAAAAGCAACCGACCUUAGCUAUACAAAUCUUGUGCGGCUUAUUAUUAUCGAUGAAAUCCAUCUAUUACAUGAUGAAAGAGGUCCUGUAUUAGAAAGUAUUGUUAGUCGAACCAUUCGUAGAAUGGAGCAAACUGGAGAUCCAGUCCGCCUGGUCGGAUUAUCAGCUACGCUGCCUAAUUAUCAUGACGUUGCAAAUUUCCUACGAGUAGAUGUAAAAAAAGACCUCUUCCAUUUCGAUGCAUCAUAUCGUCCUUGUCCACUUCGCCAAGAAUUUAUCGGAAUAACGGAAAAAAAGGCCAUCAAACAACUGAAGGCAAUGAAUGAUAUCACUUACACAAAGGUUCUAGAACACGUCGGCACCAAGCGCAACCAGAUGAUAAUUUUCGUCCAUUCACGUAAAGAGACAUCUAAAACUGCUAGGUAUAUACGUGACAAAGCUCUAGAGAUGGAAACAAUUGGCCAAAUAUUGAGAGGUGAUGCUGGUAGCAGGGAAGCUCUAAAUAGCGAAGCGGAAGCCGUAUAUGAUCGAGAUUUGAAGGAUCUUCUUCCUUAUGGACUUGGUAUACAUCAUGCGGGUAUGACCCGCCCUGACCGAACGUCGGUGGAGGAUCUCUUCAAUGAUGGCCUUAUUCAAGUACUUGUGUGUACUGCUACUCUAGCAUGGGGUGUGAAUCUUCCAGCUCAUACAGUCAUUAUAAAAGGAACACAGAUAUACUCCCCAGAAAAGGGUAGCUGGGUUGAGCUGAGCCCUCAAGAUGUGCUUCAGAUGCUCGGGAGAGCUGGUAGGCCACAAUAUGACACAUAUGGAGAAGGAAUAAUUAUCACAACUCAAACUGAAAUGCAGUACUACCUUUCCCUUCUCAACCAACAGCUUCCAAUCGAAAGUCAGUUAAUUUCUCGUCUAGCUGAUAAUCUGAACGCUGAGAUAGUGCUUGGUAACGUUCGAAAUAGAGACGAUGGCGUCGAUUGGCUUAGCUAUACUUAUCUAUUCGUCAGGAUGUUAAGAUCUCCGGGUCUUUACAGUGUGGGUGCCGAUUAUGAAGAUGACAAAAUUUUGGAGCAAAAACGUACAGACCUCAUACACUCUGCAGCUGUGGUAUUAGAAAAGUCGAACCUAGUUAAAUAUGACAAGAAGACCGGGAAGUUACAAUCAACCGAUCUUGGCCGUAUUGCUAGUCACUACUAUAUUACCCAUAGCUCUAUGCUAACUUAUAAUCAUCAUAUUCAACAUUCAAUAACUCCAAUCGAGCUGUUCCGUAUAUUUGCUUUGAGCGAUGAAUUCAAGUACAUUCCAGUGCGUCAGGAUGAAAAAUUAGAACUUGCAAAGCUCCUUGGCAGAGUGCCUAUCCCCGUCAAAGAAAGCAUCGAGGAGCCUCACGCAAAAAUCAAUGUGCUUCUUCAAGCUUAUAUAUCUCGUCUCAAACUUGAAGGCCUUGCCUUAAUGGCGGAUCUUGUAUAUGUCACUCAGUCAGCUGGGCGUAUUCUUCGUGCAAUGUUUGAGAUCACUUUGAGAAAAGGCUGGUCAUCUGUUGCAAAAACUGCACUCGAACUCUGUAAAAUGGCAGAAAAGAGAAUGUGGCCAACAAUGACACCACUUCGACAGUUUCCAAGCUGCCCCAGGGAUAUAAUUCAGAAAGCAGAAAGGAUUGAUGUGGCCUGGGCUAAUUAUUUUAGUCUAGAUCCUCCAAGAAUGGGAGAGCUACUCGGUCUGCCAAAAGCUGGUCGUACUGUUUGUAAUCUUGUAUCAAAAUUUCCUCGUGUUGAGGUCCAAGCAACUGUUCAACCCAUGACAAGAUCUAUGCUUCGAGUAGAGCUAACUAUAACACCUAAUUUUGAAUGGGAUGACGAGAUUCAUGGGGUUGCAGAAACUUUUUGGAUUAUCGCCGAAGAUUGUGAUGGCGAAGAGAUACUCUUUCAAGAUCAACUUAUUAUUCGAAAAAAUUUUGCUCUAGCUGAAGUGAAUGAGCAUGUUGUCGAAUUUACUGUUCCAAUAACAGAACCAAUGCCGCCUAAUUAUUUUAUCUCCUUGAUAUCUGACAGAUGGAUGCAGUCCGAGACCAAACUAGAAGUAUCCUUCCAGAAACUUCUUUUGCCCGAAAAGUUUCCCCCCCAUACCCAGCUCCUGGAUCUACAACCCCUACCAGUUGCUGCCCUUAAGUCGGAUAAUUUUAGAGAAUUAUAUCCGGGAUGGGAAAGAUUCAACAAGAUUCAGACCCAAACAUUUAACUCACUAUAUUCGUCGGAUGAGAACGUAUUUGUCGGUGCACCCUCGAGCAGCGGAAAGACAGUCUGCGCUGAAUUUGCUUUACUACGUCACUGGUCAAAUCCUGACGCAGGACGGGCAGUUUAUAUUGCUCCUUUCCAAGAGCUUGUUGAUAACAUGUACAAUAAUUGGCAAACUCGAUUUUCCAAACUAAGUACUGGUAAAAAUAUUGUGAAGCUAACUGGUGAGAUUGCAGCUGAUCUCAAGCUUUUGGAGCACAGCGAUUUGAUCCUUUCGACACCAAUCUUCUGGGAUGUGCUAUCACGUCAAUGGCAGCGCCGAAAAAAUAUACAGAAUAUCAAACUAUUCAUUGCUGACGAUCUUCAUAUGCUCGGCGGACAGAAUGGUUAUGUUUACGAGAUAAUUGUUUCCCGUAUGCAUUACAUUCGUUCUCAAACAAAACUACCUUUGCGUAUAAUUGGAUUAAGUGUUUCGCUCUCCAACGCGAGAGAUAUUGGGGAAUGGAUUGAUGCUAAGAAGCAUAAUAUUUACAAUUUCAGCCCCCAUGUCCGCUCUGUGCCUCUAGAACUUCACAUCCAGUCAUUUUCGAUUCCUCAUUUUCCUUCGCUGAUGCUUGCAAUGGCAAAGCCCACAUAUUUAGCAAUAUCACAGAUGUCUCCUGAUAAACCAGCUAUAAUUUUUGUACCAAGUAGAAAGCAAGCACGAGCAUCAACUAGAGAUUUACUAUCAACUUGUCUGGCGAAUGAUGAUGAAAACCGUUUUUUACAUGCCGAUGCUGAACAGAUGAAGCCCCUUCUUGGACGUGUGCAAGAAGAAGCCUUAGCUGAAGCACUUUCUCACGGAGUCGGGUAUUAUCACGAAGCGCUCAGUGUAACUGAUAAGCGAAUUGUUAAACACUUAUAUGAUAACGGUGCUAUACAGGUUUUAGUAUCAUCUCGUGAUGCGUGCUGGGAGCUUAAUUGCACAGCACAUUUAAUCGUUGUAAUGGGGACGCAGUAUUUUGAAGGGCGAGAACAUCGCUAUGUAGAUUAUCCGCUAAGCGAAGUUUUGCACAUGUUUGGCAAAGCUUCACGUCCUCUGAAAGAUGAGAGCAGUAAAGGUGUGUUGAUGGUGCCAGGAGUCAAGAGAGAUUACUACAAGAAAUUCCUCAAUGAGGCCCUACCGAUUGAGAGUUGCCUACAUGUUUAUCUACACGACGCUUUUGUAUCGGAGAUAAGCGCCAAAAUGAUUGAGUCCGCUGAAGAUGCAAUUAACUGGACUACAUUUACAUACUUUUAUCGCCGUCUUCUUGCAAAUCCCAGUUACUACAGCUUAACUAACACUUCACACGAAGGUCUCAGCGCUCACUUGUCUGAGAUGGUGGAAACAACCCUGAAAGAUCUUUCAGACUCGAAAAUUAUCGACCUUGAUGAAGAGGAAGAUUCAGUAACACCUCUAAAUGCUGCCAUGAUUGCUGCAUACUAUAACAUAUCUUAUAUUACUACGCAGACAUUUUUAUUAUCUCUCACAGGUAAAACAAAGCUCAAAGGUAUUCUUGAAAUCGUGACAUCUGCAACAGAGUUUGAGUCUAUCCAGGUCAGGCGUCAUGAGGAAAGUUUGCUCAAGCGAAUUUACGAUAAAGUGCCCGUAAAGAUGGCGCAACCAAGCUAUGAUUCACCUCAUUUCAAGGCUUUUAUCCUUCUUCAAGCACACUUUUCUCGGAUGCAGCUACCAAUCGACCUCUCCAAAGAUCAAGAGAUAAUAUUAACGAAAGUUCUUGGCUUACUGAGCGCUACUGUUGAUAUUUUAUCUUCUGAAGGAUACCUCAACGCCAUGAAUGCUAUGGAGAUGUCACAAAUGGUUGUCCAGGCAAUGUGGGAUCGUGAUAGCGCUCUGAAGCAGAUUCCACACUUUACCCCUGAAGUAAUUAAAGUUGCAAAUGAAUUUGGGAUUAAUGAUGUAUUUGAAUUCAUGGAAGCUAUGGAUCCUUCUGAGAAUCCUAAGUAUGAUGAACUAGUAAAGAGCCUUGGGCUCUCUCAAAGCCAGCUUGCUAAGGCAGCAGAUUUCACUAAUACAAAAUAUCCCAAUAUCGAACUGGAUUUUGAGGUUGAAGACCCUCUUAAUAUUACGGCAGGAUCUCCUGCAUAUCUGAAAAUCAAAAUAACCAGAGGAGUUGAAGUAGAUGAAGCUGCAGAUAUCGAUGCAACGGUCCAUGCACCGUUUUAUCCUAACCCAAAAAUGGAGAAUUGGUGGCUAGUAGUCGGCGAAGAAUCCUCAAAAACAUUAUUAGCCAACAAACGAAUCACAAUUGGACGAUCAUUAAACCUGAGACUAUUCUUAAUGAGCGACAGUUAUGUUGGUAUCGAUCAAGAUCCAUGUUUUUCCGUUACCGUUGCAGAAGGCAUGGACGAGGACGAUAAUGAGGAAGAUGAAUAG